AUGGCACACGACGGCAAGGCAUUAUCAAGUGUGCGGGAUCUGGCGGUCGACGUCACGAUCCGCACCGCCUUGUCAACGCCGGAUAUAACGGCGGCGUACAGAGCUGGUGUCGAGACAUUCCUCCGCCGUGGCGAAGAGGCUGACGUGCUCAGCGAAGUCCGAAGUCUCGAAUUCGAGGCUUCGGUAUGGAGCCGUGUCACGCAGGCUCUAACGUUGGCGGCAGCUGGGUGGGAUGGCAAUCUCACUCAGCUGCAAAUCGACACCAUGCACCUGUUGGUGGCUGCGCUCGACAACGCUGCUGUCACCUUUGGUCAGUCUAUCUGGCUGGAGGAGGCACAGCGCCGCGCCAUCAACAUGUACGAGUGUGACGGUGGGCUCUUUGUGCGGAUGGGCACUGCUCCCAGGCCGAUGGCCGGUCACGGGCAAGACCGUGAUCAAGGGAUGGGGGAAGAGGGCGAGGACGGGGAGGAGGAGGAGGAGGAGGAGGAGGAAGAGGAGAGUAAGAGCGAGAGCGAAGAGACCAGUGCCGGUGAGGACGGUGCCGCUUCAGACGGUGAUGGUGCUGCAGACGCUGGCAGAUCCAAUCUCUGGGUCUGUCAGCUCUACCCCAAUCACCGGGGUUGCGUGCACAAGAGCAGCCUGGUGCGCCAUAUGUGGAUGGUGCAUAACGUCUUUGGCUUCAAGCCACAGUAG